AGCAUUGCAAGAAAUGACUGUUCAAUACUACCCCUUUGCCUCGGUACGUCCAGUGAGUCCAGCCAGUAUCGCUGCUUCAGCAAUGACAAACACUGAAACAGGUGAGUUGAAUGAAAUUUUAUCAACAGAGAAACUGUCCCUGAAAACGAAAGAUGCCAUUUCAUUAAACCUGAAGUCUCGGCAAGAAAUAUAGGACGGUUUUCUAGUUGGUCUACUCACCUUUUGCAGGAUUUUCAAAAAAAGCCGACGGCUACUUUCAUUAGACUAUUCUGUGCAUCCAUCUCGCUUUUUCGCGGUUUAUGGCUAUAGAGUUAGUUGCCUCGCUACAGUAUAUCAGUCGUUUAUUAUAGAGUUUCAAAUUUGACUUUCGCUACCAUUAAGGGACUAUCAACCAACCAGAUGCGUUUGAUAUAUUCGAUUAACCAAUCAGAAGGGUACUAGUGGCAUUAGGGGUAGUGAUAGUUGUCUGCUACCACUACCUCUAACGCCAUGACUCGGUAGUGGAACUCAAAUCUGAACCUUUAUAAUAUCCGACUCAGAAAAUAUAUAUACACGUUCUGUACAGGUGUCCAAGACGGCUUGUCAGAUGUAAGUGGACUGGACACGAGUCUGACCGAGCUGGAAGAUGUGGAGACUAAAUCCGAUAGUUCAGCACCCAAACUUAUGACUCCUAAUGCUUUUGCAACCAUGAGCCCAAAACCUGUAAAACCAGUUUCUCAAGCUGGUCAAGAUACUCCUCUAAACCAGCCAGAACCGGUUAGCGUUACCAGCAGUAUUACAUCAGUGACUUCUCUGAACAACUCGCUAUCCACCGUAAACAUCGAGCAACCUUUAGAGAAAUCACAAACUGCAGAGAGCGAGUGUAGUUUUAAGACAUGUGAUAAUGUCACGCUCUCGGAACAUCCAAGUGGUUUUCACUCCUGGCUUGGACGCACAUCCUCACCAGGUCUGCCCCUCCCCGAAUCACCCGAUCCUGCUAAGGUACCUUUCCCUGCCUUUGAGACUGAGAGACGGGGGGUGAAUCAACUUUUGGAAGACGAUAACAUUUUGGGGCUUACUCACAGUACACCAUUACGACGUCGUAGUCCAGACCAAGACAUUGACAGUGAUAAAACGCCGACUGCGGAAGAUGAAAUUCUGUCUAAAGAGCAAGAUAUUUUGUCCAGUUCUCCACCAAGACCAUCUUUUCCCGAAGAACAAACCUCAGACUUCAGCCCUCCGGAUGAAAAACCUGAAAGCCCGAAAAUAGCAUUGGCCGGAAGUGGCGGUCAGUCGGAGUUUGGGUUCCCCGGAAGUGAAAGAUUACCGGAAGUGGAGAGGGUGAAAGAAGGAGAUGCUCUGACCCCUUUCCAAACUCCUGUAACUGAACAGCUCGGUCAGGCUAAUGAAGAGACGGAAACACAGUCGGACCAGAGGUGGCCACAAAGAAGCCAACGAAACACAAAGUAUGUUUACGUUAUUUACCACGUUGGUCAAAUUUAGCAAAAUUACUCACACUCGUGCGGGCUCGUAUUGUCAGCGGGCAUCUUACAGAAAGUAGACAGUUCUGUGCAAAAUGUAAAAGUUUCAAUUUUUCAGCACAAGUCCGCUGAAAAUGCGAGCCUGUGGUACUGGGAGAAAAUUUUCUGAAUAUGACCAGCGUGUACCAUGUUGUGUAUACUGCUGAAACUAUUCAUAGUUGGGUGUUGAUGUCAAACUGAAUGGUGAGUUUCACCUCAGUGACACGAACUCGGUUUAUGUUUGUGAUGUUGUCUCUGAGUGUGUCCACACUGUGAAAGCUAAAAGGUUUGCUUGACCGCGGUGAGAGUUGAACCCGCGACAUUUGAUUUACUAGUCCACAGCUUGCCUGGUGUGGAUACACUCAGAAACAACAUCGCAAACAUAUAUCUUCAUCUGAGUGCAUAACACCAAACAAUACAAUUCAAGAGCUCGUUUCUUGCAAUUGCAUGUGAGACUAGUGCUUCCAGUUCAUCUCAACCAAACUCUGCAGGUUUUCCCCGGGUACUGUGGUUUCCUGUGGUAACACUGGGCCUCUUGUUGAAAGUCUAGGAGAGCAGAUUUGGACUAACAAAAUUGUCCACUACAAAUUUAUAUACUGUCCAGUUACAGGGCUCCUAUUGAUAACAGACUUGCCCGGUGUGGAUGCACACUCAGAGUAACAUCACAAACAUCAUAUUCACCUGAGUACAAAACACCAACAAGCAUACAUUUUAUUGCUGAGAGGACUACCCUGACUUUAAUAAAUAAAGGUAUCUGUCUAUCAGUUAAUUUAUCUUGAUUUUAGUCUUACGGUUACACCUCGCAGACAGAUUGAUAUACAACCAGAACCCAUUGUGAGAGAGCAAGUAAGUCAUGAUCAUCUGCCAUUUAUAUAUGUCGUAGUUGUCUGAGUGAUCAUUCGAAUGGAAAGCUUUCUUCUCUAGGCGCUACCGGCCAGCAGCAAUGCAGCGAUGGACGACAUUCGCGAUGAUAUCCGACAACUGCGAGAAAUUUUACAAAAUCAACAGCGAGAACAAAAUGUGCAAGUUUCCGAAGUAUUGAGAGAGGAAGUCGCCAUUUUAGAAGAUGCUAUAUCGUCGAGACUGGAGACUAUCUUGGCUCAACACAACACUGAACAAGGUAGGUUUGGGCUCAUCAAAGGACUUGAAAUCUGUUGAUAACCCUUCCACAUUCAAGAAGAAGAUGAAAACUCUCAUGCAAACUCUCGCUUGCCAACUAUCGUCCUCGUUUGACCUGUGUUUUAAGAACUCCGACGUAACUUAUCGUUUAAAAGAAAUCUCCGUGUGCUUGUAUACCAUCAUUUGCAUUCAAUUUGAUGAGCCAAUCACGUUCAAUCUAGCCUCACAUUAUUGGCUUACCUUUCCUAGAUCAAAUGUUCGAGAAAUUCUCUCGCGACAAGCAUGUCAACGAGAAACAACGCCACGAGAAAAUGGCCACCUCGAUAACCACAGCUGUGCUGAAUAAGGUUGAGAAGACGGUCAAAAACGAGAUAAGGAAUUCUGUCGGCCAAGGUGAGUGCUAGAUGAAAGAUCAUAAAUCGUAAGUGAAAGCAUGGUUAGAAGAUUCCCUACGGCCAAAAAAAGUAUCCUUGGGUUUCUGGUUUCCCGACCCUACCUACUUUUUGGUCACUGAAAUCACCGACCGUGAUCUUUUUAUCCGAGGUUUAAAGAGUAAUUUGGAGCAAUUUUUCGUACCCAGUUUAGUGGCUAAGUAUAACCUGUUUGUUUCAAAAUUGUUAGUAUAGGUAAUCAUGCGAUGGCGAGUGCAAUUAGGGAUUAAUAGUACGAGUGAUGUUUGGCAAUCAUAGUUUGCCAAAAUUGGACGAGCCGCCGGGGCGAGUUACUUAAUUUGGCUGUAUUUAUUAAUUUAAUGUUUAAAUUUAGGUUUUCAAAAAAUUGCUCCUUCACUACAGGAUCAGUUGAACACCGUUAUGACACAGGUAUAAUACAGAUGUUAUGUUGAACACUCGAAGUCACACGCAAACAAACUAUGUAGAAUUGAACUGUAUGCAUGUUCCUUUUAGAAACUCACUGUAGCGGAUGAAGUGAUGAGAGAAAGCAUCGCUAAGAUGGUCAAAGACAAGGUAUAAAAGAGAUGUGCAGAUUUGACUGCCACUACCUCUCACUGGCUUAGUACGCAUCUGAUUGGUUAAUCACGUAUUUCAAACGACUCUGAUUGGUUAAUGGUCCCCUUAAUGGUAGCGGAAGUGGAAGUCAAAUCUGAACCUUGCUAAUAUACCAGGUGAUCUGACGGUGAGCAACAGGACUGAGCAACAGAAUAGAAAUCCAGUUUCGUACCUUUAAUCACUUGUCACGCCCUGAUUCUUUUGUGAAACUGUCUGAAACUUUGUGUCCGUGUCUUGCACAGGGAAAUGAAUAUCUGGGACAAAUUUGAAAUCUAAUACCGUUAAUGAGAUAUUGAGUAAUUUUAAACCAGAAAUGGAUUUCUAUUUUACAACUAGUGCCAGACCUUUUCCGAGUUCCGAGAUCACCUGGUAAGUGAACUGGGAAAGACAUUGAUUUUUUGGUUUGAACCGAUUUGUUGAUAAUUUUAAUGGUAAGAAUGAUAUUAAUAUUUUGUAGAGUAUACUUGAUGCCAUAGGCAAAGCAGUUGGCGAGGCAGUUCAAGUAUCUUUGUUAACAACUAUGAAUGAUUUUCUCAACAAAUCGAUGUUACCUGGUUUUGAGAAAGCGUGUCGAGCGAUGUAUUCACAGAUAAAUACGGCGUUUGAGAAUGGAACGAAACAGUGUAAGCGAAUAUAGCAAUUUUAUUCAAACGGAUGCUAUCUCCUACAAUGUAAUAAUAUAUAUAACUCAUGGGCGGAUUUACUGGGGGGGCUAGGAGGGGUUACCCCCCUCCCCCCUAGAAUCUCUCUAACCCCUCUUAUAAAGUGUUCAACCCCACCAAAAUUUCGCUUCAAAAUUUCGCUUUGUAUGAAAGUAUUUAACCCUAACGCCUAACCUCUGCCGAAGCUCGCUCAGUGGUGCCGCUUGCACCCCACUAGAAAUUUUUCCACCUCUCCUUUAAAAAAACAUGAAAAUCCCUUGGUAUAACUUCGAAGUUCCAUACAGUAUGUUUCUCUGUAGACAUUCAGAACUUUGAGAGCUACGCUGAAAACCGCAAAGACAUCGAAAAACAACAGAAAGACACCAUUGUGGAACAACUCCAGAUUCUUGUACAGGAUUUUCAAGUUGCUUCCGAGAAACUGUCAACCAGCAUGACGGGAAGUUUAUUGGAAAUGAUGCAAACUCAAUUGACCACAUCAAUGAAAAAGUGAGAUAAUUCUUAAUUUUUAGUUCAUGGAGAACGAUAUGCUUCUAGUACACACGUAAAAUACCACAACUUGUCAACAGGCUUGUAGCAAGCUUGUCAAAAAGUUGUAACAACGCUGUUAUUUUAUCAAGUUGCUACAAGGUUGUCACUCACAACUUGUUGACAAAUUGUUGAAUUGCAGGACGAUAACAAGUUGUUGGAACAACUUGUAACACGUCUGUUGAGCUCAGCAACCUUGCAGCAAGUUGUCAACAAGUCGUUGACAACUUGUCAACAAGCUGGGAACAAGCAGUGCGAACACAUUCUGUUGACAAGUUGUUGAAACAACAUUGCUACAAGUCUGCUGCAGGUUUGUUACAACUUGUGCGUUUUUACGUGUGUAAUGGAGGCAUGUACACACGCAAAAAUCUCACAUCUUGUAACAAGUAUGUCAACAAGCCGUCAACAAGUUGUGUUCGCACUGCUUGUCCCAAGUUGGCAACAAGUUUGGAACAAGCUGUUAACAACUUGUAACAACCUUGUUGAUACUAUCAGACUUGUUACAAGGUUGUUCCAACAAGUCCGAUACAGUCAUGAUAUAACAAUAUUGUUACAACCUUGUGUCGUCAACCUUGUAACAUUCUUGUUAUAUCAUGACUGUAUCGGACUUGUUAGAACAACCUUGUAACAAAUCUGAUAAUGCCAUGAAGCUUGCUACAAGUUGUUAACAGCUUGUUCCAAACUUGUUACAACAACUGGGAACAAGCAGUGCGAACACAACUUGUCGACAGCUUGUGAACAGAUUUGUAACAACUUGUUUGCAGACCUGUAACAACUUGUGUGUUUUUACGAGUGUACACGCGUAAAAACGCACAGCUUGUAACAAGUCUGCCAACAAGUUGUUACAAGUCUGUUUACAAGCUGUCAACAAGUUGUGUUCGCACUGCUUGUUCCCAGUUUGUUGUAACAAGUUUGAAACAAGCUGUUAACAACUUGUAACAAGCUUGAUGGCAUUGUCAGAGUUGUUACAAGACUGUGCUAACAAGUUUGUUACAGCCAUGAUAUAACAAGGAUGUUACAAGGUUGUCAACACAAGGUUGUAACAAUCUUGUUAUAUCAAGCAUGUAACGGACUUGUCAGAACAACCUUGCAACAAGUCUGAUAAUUUCUACAAGGUUGUUACAGGUUGUCAACAAAUUGUUCCAAACCUGUUGACAACUUGUGACAAGCAGUGCUAAUACAUCUUGUUGACGGCUUGUUGGCAGACUUGCUACAAAAUGUGAGAUUUUUACGUGUGUAUUGGGGGAUGCUUGUGACAUUUAUGCAUGUGUCUUUCAUUCGUAGGCCUACUGGAGGGAAAAAAAUUAGGGGGGGGGGUAAGAAAUUUGCCUGACUUUGUUUCAUUUUAUCCGAUUUUGAUUUAUGUUAAACUUCCACAAUGCUUGUCCUCGGAGGGUGAGAUACGCUUAUGCUUUCACCUCUGUGACCAUGAUUCGAUUCUUGCACCAAACAAUUGUUUGAUCAACUUAAUAUUGAUUCGCAUACAGAUUUUCUCCGGUUUUCUUCUGUAUUAACACUGUACCAAUAACUUUCUGCGUACGCACGUAAAAACGCACAAGUUGUUACAGGUCUGCAAACAAGUUGCUACAAAUCUGUUCACAAGCUGUCGACAAGUUUUGUUCGCACUGCUUGUUCGUAGUUGUUGUAACAAGUUUGGAACAAGCUGUUUACAACUUGUAACAAGCUUGAUGGCAUUAUCAGACUUGUUACAAGGUUGUUCUAACAAGUCUGAUACAGUCAUGAUAUAACAAGAAUGUUACAAGGUUGACGACACAAGGUUGUAACAACAUUGUUAUAUCAUGACUGUAACGGACUUGUUGGAACAACCUUGCAACAAGUCUGAUAAUAUCAACAAGGUUGUUACAAGUUGUUAACAUUUUGUUCCAGACUUGUUGACAACUUGGGACAAGCAGUGCAGACACAACUUGUUGACGGCUUGUUGGCAGACUUGCCACAAGAUGCGAGAUUUUUUCGUGUGUAUUAUUAGAACUCUGAGGAGAUCAGUUUAGAUCGAACUCAUAGAGUUAUUCAGCAUAAAUAAAGCUAUGGUUUAGUUGAGUUUAAUGAAAUACUGUAAAUGCAAUAACUAAUAAAAUUGCUCGUGUUAUUUAGGUUGCAAAGCUCAUUACUAACACAACUGCAAGAAGACUUAAAUAAAAGCCUUCAAGAGACGAUACAAAAGGAGGUAUCAAGUGUUUUGAUGGAACAAAGUGCGUUUGCUAAUGAUUCUAGAGGCCAGGCACAACAGAGAAAUGUCCAGGUAAGCUCAUUGACUUGGUUUAUCAUCACCAUCAUUUGCCUCAGUGUCGAACACUUUGUAAAGGCUUGUUUACACUAUCAAACUUUCUGUGAGCACAGUAGAAAUGUUGCGUAGAUAAAUCAGGAAUGGAUAUAAGAAGAUUUUUUCAGAAAAAAUAUUCAUUAUAAGAAGAUUUAAGGAUUAUUCAUUAUAAGAAGAUUUAAGGGAAUAAUCUAGAGAAUAUUCGACAUUCAAGCAAAAAUUUAAUGUUAGUGAUUUGUGUGAUAUUUGUAUGAAGUAUUGAAGACUGAAGUGUCAAGCAGUUAUGAUACAAAUCCAUUGGUGAACAACUAACAAUUUUAUAUUUUUAUAUAAACAAUUUAUGGUUCAAUUGAAGUACGAUUAUGUUUUUUUUCAAAGCUAUAGAAAAUUUAAGAAGAAAUUCAGUCAAAAAUAAAAUCUUAUAAUAAGAUAUAAGAAGAAAAUAAUAUAAGAAGAUUUGCCAUCCUUGAGAUAAAUUCGAAGAUUUGAAGGAUUUGUGAGGAACUGACUCGGUGUUUAACAUUUUUGAGAUGCUACAAAAGUAUAUGAUUUAUGGUGUUCUUACGCUACGAUUGUCUUUUAAUUUUAGCUUCGAAUUGAGCAACUGAUCAACGAGAAAGAUUUUGCUGGCGCGUUUCAAGAAGCUCUAACAGCGGCUGACUUAAAUCUUGUUAUCAUAGUGUGCCAGUCGUGUGAUCCUAUGGAACUGUUUGGUCAAGAUCCUUGUCCGUUGAGUCAACCUAUCUUGUUAUCAUUGAUACAACAGUUGUCUGUUGAUUUGUCUUCGGAUACUGAACUUAAACACAGGUAUGAUGGUAGUCUCCUUAGUUAA